AUGAUAUUCUUAGAUUUUCAGUAUGUUGUUUCUUUUGGCCUAAAUUUUCAGCUGUUAAAAUGCCAUUUGAGGUACGAAGAUGCUUGGAAAGUGUAUGAGUCGAUGGAAAUAGAGAAUAUUCAUCCAGAUCAUGCGACAUGUUCUCUUAUGAUUACCGUUAUGAGAAAACUUGGCCAUAGUGCAAAAGAUGCAUGGCAAUUUUUUGAGAAAAUGAAUAGAAAAGGGUUCAAAUGGAAUGAAGAAGUCCUAUGUGCAUUAGUAAAGUCUUUUUGUGAUGAGGGUCUGAUGCGGGUAGCUCUGGUCAUUCAAUCCGAAAUGGAGCAAAAAGGGGUUUCUUCAAAUGCAAUUGUGUACAACACUCUGAUGGAUUCAUACUGUAAAUACAACCAUGUAGAAGCAGCUGAAGGGCUUUUUGUGGAGAUGAGAGCCAAAGGGAUUAAGCCUACUGUAGCUACCUUCAACAUUCUAAUGCAUGCAUACAGCAGAAGAAUGCAACCCAAGAUUGUAGAAAAGCUAAUGGCAGAAAUGAAAGAUGUUGGCUUGAAGCCAAAUGCCGAAUCAUAUACUUGUCUAAUCAGUGCAUAUGGUAAGCAAAAAACCCCGAGUGACCUGGCAGCUGCAGAUGCAUUCUUGAGGAUGAAGGAAGUUGGUAUAAAAUCCACCUCACAUUCUUAUACAGCACUAAUCCAUGCAUAUUCAAUUAAUGGCUUGCAUGAGAAAGCUUACAUAGCAUUUGAAAACAUGAAAAUGGAAGGUAUUAAACCUUCUGUAGAAACCUACAAUACUUUACUAGAUGUGCUUAGGCGGGCAGGUGAAGCUCAAAUACUUAUGGAAAUAUGGAAGUUGAUGAAGAAUGACAAAACCGAACCGACACGGACAACGUUCAACAUUCUUGUUGAUGGUUUUGCUAAACAAGGUCUCUACAUGGAGGCAAGAGGCAUAAUAUCUGAGUUUGGAAAGCUUGGAAUGCAACCAACAGUGGUGACAUACAAUAUGCUGAUAAAUGCACAUGCAAAGGGAGGGCAACUCUCAAAACUGCCACAGAUAUUCAAAGAGAUGGCAGUUCUUAAAUUACAACCAGAUUCUGUAACUUACUCGACUAUGAUAUUUGCCUUUGUCAGAUUUCAUGAUUUUAAGCGGGCAUUUCUUUAUCACAAGCAGAUGGUCAAGAAUAAACAGACUAUGGAUGUCAGUUCUUAUCAGACUCUUCUGGCCAUUCUGGAGGCCAGAGCUGCUCGGAAAAACAAGGAUUGGAGAGCCUUGCUUGCUCAGAUUAAAAGUAAGACUGGUGUGAAAGUGAUUAGGCAGAAAGAUGAGUUUUGGAAGUACUACAAGAAAAGACAUUGGGGGAAGGAGCUCAGUGGACGGCUGCACGAUGAUGGUGGAUGGCUGGGUGGAGUGGGCGGCUGGUGGAUGGUGGACCUCUCCACUUCCGAGUGCUCCAAGCACCAUGAGAACACCAUCAUCUCCUUCCUUGGUGGGCAUAGCACUGAGCAGUGGCUGUGAGAAGCAACGUGUCCUUCUUCUUAAAAAGGGAAAUCAGAGAUUGAAGGAGGUUGGAUGCUGCAUCUGGAGAAGAGAGUAAGCUUGCUGCAGACUUGGGAGAAGUGAGGCAGAGGUCGUCCGGCGUUGCAGCUGCAAGCUUGAGGAAGGUAGAUUCAAGUGAAGUGUUGGGUGCUACAUCCAGAGGUGAGGCAGAGAACGUCCAGAGCUUUACUGCAUUCAAGAUUUGCUAGGAGGUCUUCAAGAGGUAAGGGGAGUUGGAUUUUUGGGAUGUUGAUAGUGGUUGCAUGAGUAGGAUGCUGGAAAAUUGUGGUUGUAUGUAUGGUUGGACUGAAAUUGAUGUGUUGAUUCAUGUAUGUAAUCUUGUAUGUUUUUGGAAUUGAAGGAAAUUGGAAUUUCAUAGCUUUUUAGUCUUUUGGAGAGGAAGUGAGGUAGUGAUUUUGAGCAUUUGGGGUCUAGAGUGUUAUUGAGCAUUUGGAACAGUUUCACCCACUGUAUUAUGACUUGUUAGAGCCAUCAAAUUGAUCAAAAUAGGUGUAAAAUGAUAGAAUUGGAUUUUUAGUAUCUAAGUUGUGAAAAUUGGUGUUUUAUGGUUGAAUUUGAGAAUGAAUCCCUUAAGAAUUGAAUAAGCAACGUUUAUAAUCAAAUUAGGUAAGUCCAAUCUAGUAUAAAACAUGAAUUUAGGGUGUUAGAAGUCAAUAAAAAGGGUUGAAAAUGAUAAAAUGAGGUUCUGGCCUCAAAUCUGCAGAAUUCUCGCCCGGGCGCCCCUGUCGCGCCCAGGCGCCCCAGCCUCUGGAAGAGUCGCGCCUGGCAUGUCGCGCCUGAGCGCGCGAUGGAAUAGUGAGCGUUCGUCCUUGAGUUGCAUGUUGAGCGUUCGUCCAAACAGUGAGUGAGCGUUCGUCCGAAUAGUGAGCGUUCGUCCUUGAGUUGCAUAUUGAACGUUCGUCCGAAUAGUUGAGCGUUCGUCCAAACAGUGUUGUUGAGCGUUCGUCCUUCAAUCCGAGUGAGCGUUCGACCUAAGUAUCAAUCCUAGCGUUCGUUCAAGAAGUGUUCGACCUUGAGCGUUCGUCCGUGACGUUCGUCCAAAAGAGUGUUCAGCCUGUUGUUGAGCGUUCGUCCCGUAGCGUUCGUCCAAGUGUUCGGCCGGUUGUUGAUCAUUCGUCCUGUAGUGUUCGUCCAAAUCAUCAAGCUAGCGUUCGUCCAUAUUGCUUAAACAACGUUCGUCCAUAUUGUUUUGUUGACGUUCGUUCAUCCGGAAAGGACGUUCGUCCAAAUUGUUAGAUGGCGUUCGUCCAUUUUGAAGAGACGCUCGUGCAAAUUGUUAAAUGGCGUUCGUCCAGAAACGUCCGUUCCAAGGUGUUGGGUGAAUAGUGCUCGUUCGUAUAGUACCCUAUAACUAAUGUUUUCUUCUAUUAAAUUGAACUACGUGUACAAAUGUUUGGAAUGUAUACUGUGAUGAGAAUUAUGUGAAAAUAUGUGAAUUUAUUAGGUGUGUUGGAUUUACUGUAAUAUAUGGGGAUAUCUGGUAUUUGUCAGUAACUGUAUAAUUCACAAACGUAAUUCCAUGGUCCUCAAGGAGGGGAUACAUGGUGGUGGACGUAAUUCCAUGAUCCUCAGAAAAGGAGACAUAGUGGUGAUUUGGGAUGUACUUACCUUGCAUAGUGUUGGGGAGUGCCAGCUGAACUAUGCGAGCGUAAAUAUGAGUUGUGACUUACUCUACAUAGUGUUGGGGAGUGCUAGCUGAACUAUGUAGGUGUAAAGAUGAAUCGUGUGUACUUACCUUGCAUAGUGUUGGGGAGUGCCAGCUGAACUAUGCGAGCGUAAAUAUGAGUUGUGACUUACUCUACAUAGUGUUGGGGAGUGCCAGCUAAACUAUGUAGGUGUAAAGAUGAAUCGUGUGUACUUACCUUGCAUAGUGUUGGGGAGUGCCAGCUGAACUAUGCGAGCGUAAAUAUGAGUUGUGACUUACUC